CGGACAACUCCCAGUACGCCAGAGAGAGGGGACAGAGAGAGCGAGAGAGAGGGAGAGAGAAGCAACACAGGGAUUUUGAUUCACACAGCCCCAGAGCCCCAAGGAUGUUUAAGAAGAAGGAGAACACGGUGAAGGUGUCCGGCAAGAUCAGCAAGGGCCAAGCAAAUGACCUGGCCUUGCUGAUCGCGCGCAUGCAGAAGAAUGCUGAUCAGGUGGAGAAAGAUGUCCUGCGCGCAGAAGAGAAACUGGCUCUGGAUACAGAGAAUGAGAAGAAGGACCUGCCCUUGCAGUACCAGAAGGAGAAUGCAGACAGCCUGGCAGAAGCAGAAGGACUGCUGAAGGACCUCUUUCUGGAUGUGGACAAGGCCAAGAAGCUGAAGCACCCACAGGCCAGCGAGAUUGAGAGCGAUGUCAUCCUGCUCCACGACCGUUGGUUCAAGGACUGUGCCGUCUACCGUGAGCUGUACGAACAAAUUAAGGAGAUUGAACUGGCGCCCAGGAUUGACUGGGCUCAGGUGCUCAAUCAGAAACAGAGACAAGUCAAUGCGGAGGAGUAUGGGCCCAGCAUGUCAGACCUGGAGAAACAGAUCGCCUCCCACAACAUCCUGCACAAGGAGAUCGAGGCCUACAGCACCCAGCUCAAUGUCAGCUCCACCAGCUCAAAGGAGGAGUUUGCUGCCAUUCAGAAGCAGUACAAUAAUCUCCUAGAUAACUCAAAGUGGCGGCGCCAGUACUUGGGCAGUCUGUAUGACUUCAUGCAAGGCUGCAAUAAGGAGCUGACGUACCUGGGUGAGGAGCAGGCCAAGAUUGUCAAACGGGACUGGAGCGACCGCAUAGCGGACGCCCCAGAUGUGCGCAGGCAGUAUGAGAAUUUCAAGAACAACAGCCUGCUGUCUCACGAGAGCGAAGUGAACAAACUGCAGGAUGAUGGGGAUCGACUCGUGGAGAUGAAGCAUCCCGCCAGCUCAACUAUACAGAAUCACAGAGAUACAGUGCGGAACGAGUGGCAGAAAUUCCUCAAUCUCUGCAUCUGUCAGGAGUCACAUCUGGACAAUGUGGAGGAGUACAAGAAGUACCAGCUGGAUGCAGAUACACUCUCUGAGUCACUGGCAAAGCUCAACUCAACCCUGGAUCCAAAAGCAGUCAGCAACAAGAGCAAUUCACAGAUCCUCCUACAGCUUGAGGGUGAGGAGAGGGCGCUGCAGCGCAGCGAGCAGCUCCUGGCGGACCUGAGGAAGCGCAGCACCGGCAUCGCGCCGCUCAAACUGCGCCGCACCCUGCCCAGCAAACCUGUCAGUGUGGAGUCCCUCUGUGACUGGAGCACUGACAAGGCAUCAGUGACUCGAGGGGAGAAGUUGACUCUUAAGUCCAAUUUGAACAAUGAGAAGUGGGAAGUUCAGGCCAGCAACGGGGUGACAAAAACUCUACCGGGGGUGUGCUUCCUGGUGCCACCCCCUGACCCAGAGGCCAUUGAUAAAGCAGACAAGCUUGGUGCAGAGCUUGCAGAUCUGAAGAAGAGGAGGGCCGCUCUGCAGGCUUCCCUGAAGAACCACACAGCAGAGGUUACAAGGCCACAGCAAGCAGCCCCUGUGUCCGCUGCUCCAGAAAACCCCAAAUCAAAAGAGAUCGCCAGCCAGCUGGACAAACUGGAUGCGGACCUGGCACAGACCCAGCAGAACAUCCUGAGCCUGCUGAGGGCCCCGCUAAACCGCAGCGACCCUGCAGGGGACCUGGCCAAAAGACUGAAGGAGCAGGAGAAAGCUGCCCAGGAUCUGAAGAGUCUGGAGCAGAAGAAGGCAGCUGCCCAGGCCGAGAUGGAGCCCUUACUGUCCCAGCAGUCUAGUGAUCCUGUCUCCUCAGCCCUGCCGCUCAAACUGAGUGCUGCCAAAAACAAGCACGACGACAUCGCCGCCCUCGCCGAUCUCUACGCCAAGAAGGCCAAUGCUUCCCUAAAUCUGGAAAACCAGAUUAAGAAGGUAGAUGGCAUUGUUUCAGGCUUUGAGAAACAGCUGGCUACUGAUGCUGCCGUUCCAGAUGCACCCAACGCCAUCCAGGCCCGCACCCAGGAGAUUCAGGCAUUGCGCAAGGAUGUGGCUGGCAAACAGAAUGAAAUGCAAAAGCUGAGCCAGGACCUGGAGGCCACCGAGCAGCUGUGCAGCUCCCUGCAGAAGGGCUACCAGGAGUACUGCCCUGACAUUCGCAGGCAGGAAACCGAGGUUAAAACCCUCAAGAAUCGCUAUGCCAAUGUCAGCAAUCAGCUGCAGGAGAGAGAAACUCUCUUGCAAGAAGCAGCAAAUAAGAACCAGGCAUUCCAAAGUGUUACCCAGUCACUGAACUCCUUCCUGAAUAAUCUGCCUGACAAUAAGAUCAAGCCAAGUGAUGAUCUGUCACAGGUCAACGCCAAACAGACCUCCCAAAAGAGGGUGGUGGAAGACAUCAAGAGAAAGGGAGAGGACAUGGAUCGAGUGGUUGACCUAUCCCAUGACCUGCAGAGUGUCCUCAAUGAGUAUGAAACAAAUUCUGACAAGUACCGCAGCACACUUGGAGCCACAAAUGCAAAGCCACUCCAAUCUGCUACCCUGGCUGACUCUGUGCUCAAACAGGAGAAGGGUUUGGUGAACCGUUAUGCAGAAGUGUCAGCAGAGAAUAACCAGCUGCUCAACCAGAUGGGCUUAGCAAAAAAACUCAUUGCACAGAAUGAGGAGAAGGUGAGUGAAGUGGCAGUUCAACAGCAACUGCAGCUGCAGAGUCAGCAGAGAGCGCAGGACGAGACUGAUGGUCUGAAGAAAGAGCUGGCAGAUGAGAUUACCAGGCGCACCCACGCGGAGACGGACCUGGAAACGUUCAGCAAGAGGAUGAUGUCCCUGAAGAGCCGCAGGGGGGUAGAACGAGUGGAGGAGAAGGAAGUGCUGCAGUACUACCGUGACCCCAAACUGGAGAGCGACCUCGAGGCCCUGAAGAACAGGAUUCACGAGGAAUCCCUGAAACGCUCUGGCACCCAAACUGAGAUCGAGGUGAUUAAUGAGAAGAUCAUCAGCCUGGAAAACGAGCUGAAGAAUGCAAAGCCCAAGCUGGUGACUAAGGAGGUGACUGAGAUCGAAAGAGACCCCCAGCUGGACUUGGAAGCCUCCAAGCUAAGAGACGAAAUACGAAAGAUGAAGGACGAGAUUAGGGUCAGAGAAACCGAGACAGUCCAGAUGAAAUCUGAGGUGACCAUCCUGGAGCAGAAGCCACCUAACAUCAAGGAAAAAGUGGUGAAAAAGGAAGUAGUGAGAUUGGAGAAGGAUCCAGAAAUGGUGAGAGCUGUCAAAACCUUAGAGGUUGAGAUUGCUGAUGAGGGCCAAAAGAGCAAGUCUUUGAAUGAUGAGAUCUUCCAAACCAGGAGCCAAAUCAACACCCUGGAGAGGAUUAUCCCCACUGUACAACCAAAGGUUGUCAUCAAGGAGGUGAAGAAGGUGGAGCAGGAUCCUGAGCUCAUCAAUGAGUCUAAAAAGCUCCAAGGUGCUCUGGAUGAGGAGAAGACUGAAAACAGUUCACUGGUGAAAGAGAUUAGCACUCUCCAGCUCCGCUAUGACCAGGUUUCCCAGAUGAAGCCCAAGGUGGAGAUAAAGGAGAUGAUUAACGAGAUCUACAGAGUUGACCCUGAGACAGAGGUCGAACUGGUAAGAUUGAGGAAAGAACUCCAGGAAUCCAGCAGACAGCGUUCCAAUCUGCAGAAGGAAAUCGAUAUAGUGAUGGCAGACCUGCAGGAUCUCCGUUCCCAGAAGCCUAAGGUGGAAAUGAGGGAGGUGAUCCAGGAAGUGGUCAAAGAGGAGAGGAGUCCUGAGAUCAUUAGAGAGAUGCAAAGGCUGAAUGACCAGGUGUCCCGCUUGCAAAGCACCUAUGACAACACCCAAGACCAACUGAAUCGCCUCCGAAAAGAAAGAGAUGAAUGGAAGGCUGAAAAGUCUAAGGUGGAGACAAAGCUUGUUACAAGAGAGGUGAUCAAGUAUGAGAAAGACCCGCUCCUGGAGAAGGAGGCCGAUCGGCUCAGGAGGGAGGUACGUGAGGAGACACAACGGCGUCGUACCACUGAAGAAAUGGUCUUUGACCUGCAGAACAAGUACAUCCUUCUGGAGAGGCAGAAACCAGAGGAGAAGGUGGUGGUGCAGGAGGUGGUGCGUCUGGAGAAAGACCCCAGUCAGAUGUUGGAGCAUGAGAAACUGAGCAGGGCACUGGAUGAGGAGGUGAAGUCCCGCAGACAGCUGGACCUGGAGGUGCAGCAGCUGAGAGCCCUGGUUCAGGAAAAAGAGAGGAUCCUCCAGCAGUCAGAUGAACGGCAAAAGAAGAUCCAGGUGGAAAUGGAACUGAGACAGAUCAAAUCCAGAAUCCAUGAGCUAGAGAAUGCCCCGCCACCCAUUGAGGAGAAGAUUGUCAUAGAAGAGGUCCUGAAGGUGGAGAGGGACCCUAAACUGGAGAAGCUGACCAAUUCCUUACGUACAGACCUGGACAAAGACAGCAAUGACAUCAUGCGACUGGAGAGGGACAUCAGGAACCUCACCCUUAAGAUAGAGAUCCUGCAGAGAGAGAAGUCUGUGGAGAAGACAGUCUAUAAAGAGGUGAUCCGGGUGGAGAAGGACCAAGCUGUGGAGGCUGAGAGGGCCCACCUCAGAGAACAGGCAUCACAGGCAAGAAAUGCAAGACGAGACCUGGAGGAUGAAAUCCGACGACUCACUGACAAGCUCAAUCGGUUGCAGACCACAAAGACAAGCACUUCCCGGGAGGAAGCCACUCUCAUCCAGAACAGAGAUGCCCUGCUGAGAGAGAAGGAGAACCUGACCCGCGAGCUGAAGACGCUUGAGUCUGAGAGACAGGACAUCAGCAUAUCGUUCCAGCAGCAGUCCAAGCUGAUGAGUGAGAGAAACCAAAUGAACAGACAAAAGAGCAUCAAGAUGGAAUCAGACGUGCAGCGUCUGGAGCGGGAGAUAUUGGAUGAGAAGGACAAGAUCCACAAAAGGGAGAACACCAUCAGGGAGCUGCAGAACACCCUGAAGAAAGAGGACAGCUCUGAGACUCACAUGAGAGAGACUAAUGUCUCCACAAAAAUCACUAUCUUGGACCCAGAAACGGGCAAAGACAUGUCACCAUAUGAUGCUUACAUGGAAGGGCUGAUUGACCGCAACCAGUACAUCCACCUGCAGGAACUGGAGUGUGACUGGGAAGAGAUUACCUCUGUGGGGCCUGACGGAGAGACCUCUGUGCUGCAGGACCGCAAGAGCGGUAAGCAGUACUCCAUAAAAAACGCUCUGAAGGACGGAAGGUUGACUCAGUACGACCUGCAGCGCUACAAGGACGGCAAAAUGCCAAUUUCAGAGUUCGCCCUCCUGGUUGCUGGAGAAAAAUCUAAAAAGCCCUCCUCCUUCAGUCCUCUUAAAAGCUCAACAUCGCCACUGAGGUCUUCCUUUUCAAACAGCAGCACACCAAGUUCUUCCAGUGGUGAUGAGCACUUCCCUAUUUCUGGUGUUCUAGACACCACUACCAACAGUCGCAUGUCUGUGCGCAGUGCCAUGACCCGCAAGCUGAUUGACACCACCACAGGACAAAAACUGUUGGAGGCGCAGGCCGCCACCGGAGGGAUUGUGGACAUCGGCAACAAGGACCGCUACUCUGUCCACAAGGCAGCAGAGCGUGGGCUCAUUGACUCCAGUCACCUGCAGCGGCUUCUCAACGCUCAGAAGGCCUUCACUGGGGUGGAGGAUCCGGUGACUAAGGAACGUCUCUCAAUAGGAGAGGCUGUCCAGAAGGGCUGGAUGCCCAAGGACAAUGCAAUGCGCUACAUGGAGGCACAGUAUCUGACUGGGGGACUAGUGGACCCCAACAAAACCGGUCGCAUUAGUAUCCUGGAUGCAGUUAAUGACAAGAUGAUCAACAGCACCAUGCUCAGAGAGCUUCAGGAGGAAUCCAACUAUGCCAAGGAAAUAGUUGACCCCAUUACAAAGGAAAAGAUCAACUACAAGCAGGCUAUGACUCGCUGUCAGAAGGAUCCCAUUUCAGGCCUCUUGCUGCUCCCUGCUGCCUCAACUGAAUCCUCUUACACUCCCACAUACUCAAGCCUCCGAUCCUCCUAUGGUGUCUACUAGACUUGUUUACAGCUAAAUUAGAGGGGGCUCUUGCCACUGAGAUGAUCCAAAUGCAGAUAUCAAAUCAGAAUGGACAAUUUAACAUUUACAUAUGUCUACACAACAAAAUGUACAAACACACAGUGAACUGUCUUUCUCAGGAAAAGUCUAACAGUCCUAUAUUGCUCACUUUAGGGUCAGAUUAAUGCUGAGCUGCUCGUAUUUGUUUACCUUCCUUGUUUGUAAUCGGAUGCACAAGUUUUAUUAUAAAACCUAUUUAAAAUGCAUGAAAACUAUUUUUAUUCAAAAAAGAAUAUAUAUGAAGAGGUUCAAAACACAUACUUAUCCAAGACAUUUUCAUAUUGUGGUAAAUGGGUUGAUGGGCCUUGAUGUAAUCUUGAUGUUCAUUUACCAAAUUUUUCAAUACCAAAUCAAUAUUUUUCAAAGUGAAGAUAAUAUCAUAAAAUCUAAAAGCUAUCUGUUUUACUGUUUUGUCAAUACGGCAUCUUGUUUC